GAGGCUCACGGGGUGAAGCGCAUCUCUCAGAUGUGGAAGGAAAUCGGAAUGCUUGUCUCGAGACCCCUAGAUGGGAGAAAGGAGAAAUGGAAAGAUUUAGCUCUUUGAUACAGGGUAUGGUGACUCAGCUGGACAGACAACAUGGGUGCAUUUGGACUUCUGAAGACUGCACAGACCAUUGCUAUCCUCCUCCUAAUCUGCAGGCCCUGCUAAAGUUCGUGCUGGUGCCUUAUAUCGACAACAUAUCAGUCCAAGCACUCUUCAUGUACUUCUGGAUUUGGCGAACUUCCUGCAGUGCAAGGACGACCUCCUUAAAUCUUUCUGCCACGCUUUCACUAUUCCUUCCAGCUUUUCCCAACAAAUCAUGGCUUGAUCAUGGACACAUCAAGACCUCCAUGGAGUUAUUGCUGAGCCCCAGGGCUGCUGCUCCCUGUCUCUCCUGGCAGCAUCGUUGCAUCAUCCACUGUCUGUUAACAAGGAAGCAGCCUCAGUUGGCGUUAAGGUACCUCCACUGGACCAGACCCGCAAUAGAGAGCACUGAGGAUGCUAAGCUCUGUGCAGAUGUGCUACUUCUAAACAGUUGUGUCUCUGAAGCCUGGGCUCUGCUAAAGAGAGGCCACACAGAAAGUGACAACGUGGUCAUGUACCUCCUCCAGGCUUAUGAUAGACUUGGUCUAUGUGCAGAGACUUUAACGUGCAGCCCUGCAGAAUGCAAUGGUGACGGGGGCACAGGGUCACAGCUGCCACUGAUGAACAAAGAAAGGCUACCCUGCCCGCUGUCUGCCAAACUGCAUCAGGCCCAGAGAGUCAACACAGUGUCCCCAGAGGAUCUGGUCCAACUAGUUAGAAAGGCUGUGAUGGAAGUAAGAAAGCCACAUCCCAAGAUAAGUGAGGUUGUGUGGCCGGAACACACAGAGAGAAAAUCGAACAGCAGAGAGAUGUUUCUGUCAAUGCAGGUUCUCCGUCACCUCACGCCCAGCCCCUCCCCAAUGGACAUGGUAGAAGAAACGAAGCAAACAGCACAUACAUAUGAACCAGAAGAGGAACACCUCAACCUGAGUCACCAGAGCACAUUUCUUCUUCUGAGGAUCUGAGCUCUGAGUCUGUCGCUUGCUUCACCUCUUCCUUGCCUCUGUUGAGACGGGACCGUCCUUAUGUGUACAAAAGUAUACCUUGACUCUGCAGAGGAUCUCCUCUUUCCUCAAUGAUGAAGAGAACCAAAGCAGGGAAGA